AUGUUGCUUCAGUAUGCGGUGAAUGGCUUUAUACUGGUGCUUCUAAUCACUUUUGCGCUUAGCUACCAGAUGAAGCGAAACAAUGAAUUAAACGGUAGCCGAUUUGAGUUGGCGGGUGCUUUGCUUGAUGCCAAAGGAAUGUCUAAUGCAGAAUUUGGGAAAGAUAUACAGGCUAUCGAUGACUUUUUGUCGACAUUCAAAGGCAUCAUUGAGGCAUAUUAUACACUACCAUUAUCUGGUACGGGCUCAUUUAUGCAUUACGCUAUUGAUAAGCACAACGCAACGGCCGUGCCUCCCAUUCUAGAAAUAACCUAUUAUCAUGAAUGCUAUGAAAAGAGCAAGUGCUCAAAAACUCUUCGUAACUCGUUUCUUCUUCUGGAAGAGGACCCAUUGGGACCAUUUGCUCAUCCGGAAUCCUUGAUUAAUGGAAGCGAAGCUUGUGAACCACGUAGAGAUAUGGAUGGGUCAUACUACGUGCCGUGUCGAUUGUCUCCAAUAGGGCAGCUCUUUGACCAUCUCAUCGGCGUUAAGCUGACCUUUUCGCUUUAUUCGUUGGUGCGACAGCCCGAUGGCUCACCAAUUCCGAGGGUGUGGUUGGCAUCAUUUUUAUUUGCAUUGACUGGACAUAGCUCCGUAAUGACUAUGAAGGCUUCACUGGAAUGCAUCGAUAGACAUGUUCCUGAGCGACUUCCUGUAAUGAUUAGUUGUACAUUGUUUCCGCUGGUCAUUUUUGGCUUUCUAGUUCGUAUUCGUACAUUUCCUCGAUUUUCAGCCUCUGUAUCAGAGAUGUUUGGAACCCAGCAAGGCUGCCUUGAUGGCGUGCGAAUGUUUCCAUCACGUUUCCACCGUGAUGAAGGAGGCUGGCGUUGGUUGGGCUUCUUAUCGGAUGCGUUUGUGCUAGCGUUUAGUAUUGCGGCAAUUGUAAGCCAGUUUUGCCCAAAAACCAUUUCCAACUUGGAGUUGACGGUGACGAUACUUCUUGGAUUCUCUAUACUCAUAAGCUGCAUUCGCUUGGUGUCGAUCUUGAGACUCUUUCCAAGUUGCUACAUCAUCAUUGAUAGCAUUGUGACGGCUGGACGCCAGCUUGCCAUGUACAGCGUUGCCGUUUUUUUCAUCCUGUUUGGGUACGCCAUUUGUGGUCACGUUGUCUUUGGAACCUUUGGUGGCUAUUUUGGGACGCUGCCCCGUGCAAUCGUCACACUUUUCUGCACGACCUUUGGCGACAACAUCAUUGACACAUUUUUAGUCAUUGAUCAAUCGACGUGCAUGCUUCAGAUAGUUUUCGCCCGCAUUUUUUUCGGCACCUUCAUUCUGUUGUUUAUAUGCACCGUCCUUAAUGUGGCGCACAGCAUCAUUCAGGACUCCUACACGUACACGGUGCGAAUGUACUCGUCCUCACGCCGGGAGGGCGGUCGAACACAAUACAACGCAGUCGGCGUCAGCGCGGAGGAGUUGGCUGGAUUUUUGGAAAAGCUACGGAAGUAA